AAAAAAGAAAAGAAAGACAAAGCAAUGGAAAAGGGAAAGUUGGUUGAGCGACGUUAUAACACAUACUAGCUAGCUACAAGUUAAUGGUGUAACCUCAACCAAAGUUCAAAAACAAACUCUCUCUCUCACUUGUUUCUGAAAAGAAAACUCUAUAGGUACCACUUCUCCAACCUUAGGUUAUAGAUCUACAUAUAUAGUUGAGUAGAGAUUGUAGAUUGGAUUGCUAAGGUUAUAUAGAGAGAGGGAGAAGAGAUUAUUCAUAAUCGUUAAUAAUAGUUAUGUCAACAACAAAUAUUGUUAAUCACCACAGCUUGUUUGAUCAAGAGCAAGAUCAUGAGAUCCCUAUGCAAAUGGGGUUCAAUAUUCCUUUCCCUCCAAACAUGACCUUACCUCCUUUGGAUAAUUGCCAUCAUCAAUCUUUGAAAGGUAUAAGUGCAAUAACACCUUCAUCACUUUCUCCUGAAGCUGCAAAUUUUGCUGAAACCCUCCUUGCAACAGCUGUUCAAAAAACACGAGAAUUUGAUGAUCAUCUUACUUCUAGUUUUGGAGGAGGAGGCCAACUCCUUUCUUUGAACAGAUCCAAAGUGAAUUCAUGGGCAUGGGGAGAAGUAACUGGUAGCUUGAUUGGAAAAAGAAGUAGUGGAGGAGAUGAUCAACAUCAUCAUCAUCAUAAUCAACAACUAGGGGUUUCUGCAAUAAAGAUGAAGAAAAUGAAGGGAAGAAGAAAGGUGAGGGAGCCUAGGUUUUGCUUCAAGACUAUGAGCGACGUGGAUGUGUUGGACGAUGGUUACAAGUGGAGGAAGUACGGACAGAAAGUGGUCAAGAACACACAGCAUCCAAGAAGCUACUACCGUUGCACACAAGAUAAUUGUCGAGUAAAGAAACGUGUGGAGCGGUUGGCUGAGGAUCCAAGAAUGGUGAUAACCACAUAUGAAGGAAGACAUGCUCACUCUCCAUCAAAUGAACUUGAAGAAUCACAAACUCAGUCUGAACUAACUAAUUUCUUCUGGUAGCUAGCUACUACUACACACCAACAUAUAUUUCUAUCUUCGAGGUGUGUGUUAUUAUAUUAUGUAGAGAUAUAUUAAGACUGAAUAAUUAAGUGGAGAGAAAUGAGUAAAACUUGACAUUCUAUUAUUAAUUAUCUAUACCUAUUCUAGGAAAUCGUGCAUGUUUUGAUUCAUAGUCAAGUUUCACUCCUUUCUAUCUGCUCCUCCCAUUUUCAACUCCUUCCCUCAAAAAAAUUAUGCGUUUUUUACUUUUAGAACAAGUUUUCGACUCAAUUACAUAUUAUUUGUAAGUUCAUCUAAAAAACAAUAUAAUGUUAUGUUGACACCCUUUUUUCUCCUA